AUGGCAGACGUGCGCUCCCUCCUGCGUAACGAGCGCGUAUCACGUAGAAUCAACCAUCCACACGCAAAUUACUCGGACUCUGGCAAACUACUAUGCGCUGUGUGCAAUCUUCACAUCAAGACCGAAUCGCUAUGGGAGAAGCACAUAAGCUCGCCACAGCAUACCGCCCGAUUGGAACAUCUACGCGCAAAUUCUCCUCCAGCACCGACACAGACGAAGAAGCGCAAGGCAGGUGAAAGCGGUGACGAGGGGAGAAAAAGGGUCAAGGCUGUGCCUGGUGGCUUCGUGCCAGAAGGCUUCUUUGACGCCUCCGAGGAAGGCGCAGACGAAGUUGAGGAAGGCGUUGAAGACGUGGACACGGCACCUGGCCCAUCGACGCCAGCCGUCACAAUUGCAGACUCACAACCGGUCGUUCCUGCUCCACCCCUUGCGCCAGAUGUGAACGAGGAUGAAUGGGCUGCUUUUGAGCGUGAGAUGGCAGCUGAACAACACACUGCGCUUCCGAUCAUCAGCGCAUCUGCCACCAUUUCUGCGGCCCCUGUCACAGCCGAGGAGUCAGCAGCCCAGGCUCGUGAGGAACAAAACGCCAAGAGAACCGCAAGAGAGAUUGAGAUGGAGGCCGACAAUGAGGAUGCUGCAUUAGCACUCCAACAGGAGUUUGACGACAUGGAAGAAUUGGAUGAAAGAGUCAGACGCUUGCGUGAGAAGAGGGAAGCACUGCGACUUGCCAAGCAACAAGACACAUUACCGGACGCUCCUGCUCCCAUACAAGAGCCUCCGCAGCAAGACACGAAAGUCACGAGAGAUGACAAAGAAGAGGAGGACGAUGAUGAUGACGACGACGAAGAUGAAUUUGAUGACUGGACUUUUGGUGCGCGGUAG